AUCAGAUCCCACCUGAGGUGUCAGACGCACCGGUUGCCAGGUGUGAGAAGGUCGUCUCAAUAACGUUAAUGCAAUCUCAUGACUGAAGAAGGCUAUUUUUGUCCUCCGUCGUUGUGUCGCUGAAAUGUAGUUCAUUUACAAAGGAGCGAAGGUCGAACCCGUCCUAAAUUGGUGAGUGAGGACACACAGCGUGACGGUUUGUGCCAGGAUGAGGAGAGAUCUUGGGUUGGCACUGCUCUUGCUGCUGUCUGCAGCUGUAAAGUGCAACAGCAUGUCUCCACCAGGGAAACCAGUCCUGCUCAGCUGCAGGUCCCCUGAGAAGGAGACAUUUACCUGCUGGUGGGAGCCAGGCUCUGACGGAGGGCUGCCGACCACACACCGCCUCUAUUACGAGAGAGAAAGAUUAGAGGGAACGUACGAGUGUCCGGACUACCGGUCGAAAGGGAGGAACUCCUGUUUCUUUGACAAGAACCACACCUCCAUCUGGGUCGACUACUACCUGACAGUGGUGGCCUCCAAUGCCCUUGGGAAUGCCACUUCAGACACCUUUAAGAUGGAAGUGAUGGAAAUCGUGAAACCCAAUGCUCCUGAAAAUGUAAGGCUGCAGGUGGAGGAGAGAGAGGACAGUCCAUGUCUCCAUGUCAGAUGGGAGCCUCCCUAUAACACGGACACCAAGUCUGGCUGGGUCACCAUUAAAUAUGAACUAAGAAUCAAACAAGAAAACGGCAACAAGUGGGAGGAGUACAUGUCAGGUACACAAACCCAUAUCAGCCUGUACAGCGUCAGUCCUGGGCUGGUGUACAUGGUUCAGGUGCGCUGUAGACUAGACCAUGGCUUCUGGAGUGAGUGGAGCAACUCUACCUAUGUGGAAAUCCCCAACUAUCUUCAGAAUGAGAGAUGGUUUUGGAUAUUGGUCUCCACCCUCUCUGCAAUUCCAUUUCUAGCAGCAAUGUGUAUCUUGGUCAUAAAGAGGAAACAUGUAAAGCAAUGUAUUCUGCCCCCUGUUCCUGGUCCAAAGAUAAGAGGAGUUGAUGUUCAACUUCUCAAGAGCGGACAAUCUGAAGACGUUAUCGAUGCCCUCAUCAUCAACCAAUUUCCUCUUAUGGUGACCUGGAAGGACGAGAUAGAGGACUACCUAAUUGUGACUGAGAAUGACGACGGACUUCUGCCAGAUCCUUCCAAUUCUCAAAAAAGGAAGAAAAGCUUGAUUAUUCCCGCUGGCUUCUGUUUAGACUCAGAAAUCCAAUGUAUGGAGUCAACCCCCAGCCAAAAUUACUGGGAGAAGGCUGGGGAAAGAGAGAACGAAAAAGAUAACUUUGUAAAAAGCAAUGAGUCUCUCUCAGGGGAGAGUUUAUCUAACAUGGAGCCACCCCAGCUGCCAUCUCAGAAACAGCAGUGUUCAAGUACAAACCUUGUAAACACAGAAGCAACAGAUCAGAGUCCGUCAGAUCAUGAGAAAGCCGUCAAACCCUUCGCAAACAGCGAAUAUGUGGAUAUUCAGAGACAUGUGAAACAGGUGGACUACAGCAGAGUGAAAGAGGUUAACAGUGACAAUACUCUCAUCCUCGAGAAAGAAAAUGUCCCACUUAACAGCUCUGGCUACAUGGAUGUUCAGAGACUAGAGGAGAACCUAUCAGAGGACUACAGCAGGGUGAAAGAGGUGGACAGUGACAAUAUGGUCCUCCUGCAGAAACAAAAUGUGUCAAUUGACACUUCCUGUAGAGAGAAGGGUAACCACUACACAGACUGUGCCCCCCAGAAACCAAGAAAUCCUCAUGUGACUGGACCCAGUGAAGUGGCAGUGUGCACAGAACUCGAUAGCGGAUAUGUAGCUACUAUCCCUGCACCACCUUUAAUGUAAAAUUUUGUUUUAUAUGCAAUGUCCAAAUACAAAUGACUGAUUUACUGUUGAGAGUUGAAGAAAAAGGCUGGAGAUCUAGUCUAUAUUUGUCAUAAUUAUCAAAUGGAUUGCCAUGACAUUUGGUACAGACAUUCAUGUUCCCCACAGGAUGAAUCUGCAUGACUUUGGUGAUCCUAGGACUUUGCAUCUAGUGCCACCAUGAGGUUGACAUUUUUGGUUUUGAGUGAAAUAUCUUGACAUCUACCGAAUGCAUUGUUGUGAAAUCUGCUACGUAUAUUCAAGGUCCCUAGAGAAUAAAUGUAAUAACUUUGGUGAUCCUGACUUUCCAUCUAGCGCCAUCAUCAAGUCACAAUUUCAAUUUGCCCAAUACUUUGGUUGAUGACCAAAUACCUGCAAAACUAAUUACAUUCUCAUCAGCCCCAGCUGUACUUUGCGUUUAGUACUAAUUAGCAAAUGUUAGCUUGCUAAAAGGCUAAACUUAGAUGGUGAACAUGGUAAACAUUAUACCUGCUAAACAUCAACUGUAACAGCAUUUAGUUCAAAGCACGAUGUGCCUAAGUACAGCCUCACAGAGCCGCUCUUAAGUCUUGUUGGACAACAGUGGAGCUCUAUAAACUGCUGUAUAUCAGGCUUUGGCUACACAGAAUAUUCGUUAAUAAGAUCAAGUAAUCUGUUUGCUUUGCAUGGGAUUUGUUGAGAUUAAGAAAAAUGUCACCAGAUGUAUCCUUUUAAAGAGUAGUUGGUGAUGAAAUGAUUAGAUAAUGGUUUUGCAGUUUGUUGUUUUUGCCUCAGGUAAAUUCAGGUCAUUCUGGUUUAUCUGGUGUACACAAGAAAACGCUGCUCCACUCUGUUUCUUUCAAAGUCAUCACAGUCACUACAAUAGAAUAUUCAUGGCACUCAAUAUAUUUAUGCAGUGACAUAUUAUGAUGUAGGCAACAAGUAAAUCUGGUCGUACUUGCUCAUAAGAUUGUGCUUUCAUUUGAUCCAGUUAAACUAAAGAUUUAUCUGGAAGAAAAUAAACAGACUGCACAUAAACAUGUUAAAAGUAACAAACAAGUAAUCUAAUCAACUAAACAGUUUAUUUAUUAUGCUACAUGCUAUAUACUUAAAACUGCAACUGAUUUUAAAAUUACUAACUCAUUUGACAUAUUGAGUUUCAUUCCAAAAUGUUGAAAAUAUUACUCAUUUUAAUUGUUUUAUUUAAAAUCACAAAUGAUUAGAUUUUUUUAAGGAGUUUGUAAUUGCUAAUAAAUUAUUUAUUACUUUUUUUUGGUCUUUGGUCUAUUUGAGAACUAUGGUUUUAAAAGUUCUCUCAUGGAGGAUGUUUCUUCUUUUCUUUAACCCCCAAAUAAACAAAAUGUUUGAGUAAAUUGAAUGUUUCAGAUACAACUAAAAUAUUUUCCAAGAUUUUUUAUUCACAUCAUUCAGAUUACCUGUAAUAUCUACUGACAAAUGUUAAUCAUUUGAAAUUACAAAAAUAUCCAAUUCUUUCUUAAUUUUCCUUUUUUCUUUACAUUUAAACAGUUUCCAGGUGGUUAGAUUUUUAGUUUUGAAGACUCUCCCCCUCAGUGAUAUUGGGAUGCCUCAGGGAAGCGUACUCUGUCCACUACUCUUCCUCUUGUAUAUUAAUGACCCACACUCAAAGUAAAAUACUGUAUUUGUCCUCUUUAUGCAAAUGACACUUUACAUUGAUAAUGUAAUUGAUCAACUCCAAACUGUCCUCUGAUUGAAAUUUCCUAUUUAACAUGAGACAACUGAAACAUCUGAUUAUUAAUGUAAUAAAAAAAUAAUGUGCUGUUUGUAUCUCCA